GCGGCCGCCGUCGACGUCAGGCUGGCGGCGGAGGUCGGCACAAGGAGGCGUGCGGCUCCUGCAGAAUGUCAUGAAGUAGAAACCUCGUCUCCGGAGACAACACGGGAAUACACGGCUUCUCCUGGGGGAAAAAAAAAUGUCGCUGGCACCUGACAGCGAGCCGCGCCGCAGCUAAACUGCCCGCCUUCGGGAAUCGGCAGCGCCGAGGAGUCCGGGAAUUAGUCUCUGUCCGUUUCGUCCUACAGACGCCGACCGGGGCGGGAGGCCCGGCAGAGCGCUGCCCCGCUCGGUGCCGACAGACACAGCGAGCUGCGGGUGAAUCGGCAGGAGAUUUAAAAUAAAAAAAAAUGAGGAAAGACGUCCGGAUAUUGCUUGUGGGGGAACCCAAAGUCGGGAAGACUUCCUUGAUCAUGUCGCUGGUCAGUGAGGAAUUCCCAGAUGAGGUUCCUCUGCGUGCUGAGGAAAUCACCAUUCCUGCUGAUGUCACUCCGGAGAGGGUCCCUACACACAUAGUUGAUUAUUCAGAAGCAGAGCAGACAGACGAACAGUUAUAUCAAGAAAUAUCAAAGGCUAACGUUAUUUGCAUAGUGUAUUCAGUCAACAAUAAAAACUCCAUUGAGAAGGUGACGAGCCGGUGGAUCCCUCUCAUCAACGACAGGACAGACAAGGACAGCAGGGUCCCCCUCAUCCUGGUGGGAAACAAGUCUGACCUGGUGGAACACAGCAGCAUGGAGACUAUCCUUCCCAUCAUGAACCAGUACACCGAGAUCGAGACCUGUGUGGAGUGUUCAGCAAAAAACCUGAAGAACAUCUCCGAGCUGUUCUAUUACGCACAGAAGGCUGUUCUGCACCCCACUGGCCCCCUGUACUGCCCAGAGGAGAAGGAGAUGAAGCCGGCCUGCAUCAAAGCUCUGACCCGCAUCUUCAAGGUCACGGACCUGGACAACGACGGCAUUCUCAACGACACCGAGCUCAACUUCUUCCAGAGGACGUGUUUCAACACCCCCCUGGCGCCGCAGGCCCUGGAGGACGUGAAGAACGUGGUGAGGAAGAACAUGGCCGACGGCGUCCGCAACAAUGGGCUCACGCUCAAGGGGUUCCUGUUCCUGCACACGCUGUUCAUUCAGAGGGGGAGGCACGAGACCACCUGGACCGUUCUGCGGCGCUUUGGAUACGACGACGACCUGGAGCUCACGCAGGACUACCUGUUCCCCCCGUUAAAGAUACCACCGGACUGCACCACCGAGCUGAACCACAAUGCGUACCUCUUCCUGCAGAGUGUGUUCGACAAGCACGACCUGGACAGGGACUGCGCCCUCUCUCCCGAUGAGCUGAAGGACUUAUUCAAAGUGUUUCCAUACAUGCCCUGGGGCCCCGACGUCAACAACACCGUGUGCACCAAUGACCAGGGCUGGAUCACCUACCAGGGAUACCUGUCGCAGUGGACGUUGACGACAUACCUGGACGUGCAGCGCUGUCUGGAGUACAUGGGCUACCUAGGCUACUCCAUCAUCUGCGAGCAGGAGUCCCAGGCCGCCGCCAUCACAGUGACUCGCGACAAGAAGAUCGACCUGCAGAAGAGGCAGACGCAGCGCAACGUCUUCCGGUGCAACGUCAUCGGGAUGAGGGGCUGUGGGAAGAGUGGGUUCCUGCAGGCCUUCCUGGGCCGGAACCUCAUGCGCCAGAGGCAGAUCAGAGAGGACCACAAGUCUUACUACGCCAUCAGUACCACCUACGUGUACGGCCAGGAGAAAUACCUGCUGCUGCAUGAGGUGUUCACCGACUCCGAGUUCCUCUCGGACACUGACCUCUCCUGUGACGUCGUCUGCCUUGUCUACGACUCCAGCAACCCCAGGUCCUUUGAGUUCUGUGCCAAGAUCUUUAAGCAACACUUCAUGGACAGCAAGACGCCAUGCAUGAUCGUCGCCGCCAAGUCCGACCUGCACGAGGUCAAGCAGCAGUGCGGCACCUCCCCGCCGGACUUCUGCAAGAAGCACAAGAUCCCGCCUCCCCAGGCCUUCACCUGCAACACCGUGGACGUCCCCAGCAAAGAGCUCUACGUCAAGCUGACCACCAUGGCCAUGUACCCCCACGCCCGGUUACGCUGUAUGUGCACCUGCAACAGGUGUACCUUUUGCAUCUGUCAGAACGUCCUCAACUCAGACUUGCUGCAAUGCGUAAAGACCAAACUCUACACUGCCGUUCUCAACAGGCACGUGACCCAGGCGGACCUGAAGAGCUCGACGUUCUGGCUGCGGGCGAGUGUGGGGGCCACGGUGUUCGCCGUGCUGGGCUUCGCCAUGUACCGGGCGCUGCUGAAGCAGCGGUGAUCGGCGUCCCGGGACGGAGCCCACAGCCGGUGUCCUGUCUGCUGCGGAGUCCGCGAGAGCCCGAGAUUGACACUGUUUUUAAUCAUUCAGCAGCCCAUGCGUCUCUCAUUGACAUCUUUUUAAAAAGGGGCUUCAGCCUUGGUGUGCCUGGGGACUGCAGUCAGGCCAGGGGAGUCUCAGAGAAACUAAGACCUUUUUCCAUCAGAGGUCACUUUAAGGGAAAGUGGGGAGAAGGAAAGGCUUAAACUGUAACUGCCAUCGCUGUGAGGCCCAUUGCAAAUGGACUCGGUGUAUAUAAUGUACAUACAGGCAAUCGGAAUAAGAUUGCUGGAUGAAUUAAACAAAACAGUAUCUAAAGAUCAUAUUUUCAGCUGAAAUGGGAGAAUUAACACCUCAAGCCAUCACAAGCCAUGGUGUUUUAUGUCAUAAAGUCUAAUUUUUGUUUUGUUUUGAUUGCAUGUCUUUAUUGAAUGUAAUAAUUUAUGAGGCUUUUUUUUUUUAACGGUAUGUCUAGAUUUCCGCGCUGCAUGAAGCCGAGACCGCUCGAGGAUUCUUGGAUUAAUCCAUGUUGCCCAGAGGCGAAUUUGUUUUUUUUUUAGCUCUUGUGAGGGUGGCGGAGCCUCUCGUCUGGUCUGGGUGGGCAGGGUCCCGGGAGACCCCCUCGACAGAGCCAGUGUCCCGGGCCCCUCUGGCCCCUCUGGCCGGUCUGCGCGAACGGUCCUCUCCCUGCGGUGCCCUGGCCUCACUCGAACCCUCGGCCUCCCCUUCGAGCGCAGUUCUUAUUCAUUUCCAGUGCUGUUUCUGUCCGCUUCCUCACCUGUACCGCUUUUAGAUCGGAGAUACUGUAUAAAUCGCACCUGUUUUUCUUUUUUUUUAUUUAUAUAUCAUUUCCUCUGUGAGACACCAGUUUGCCACAACUUGCCUCUCAGUAGAGUUGAACUACGUCCCCACCUCUCCAUGCCAGCCUGUCUCUCCGGCAUCUUUUUCCAUUCCUGAUUUUUUUUUCUUCCCCGAGAGUACAAUAAAUACCAGUGUGCUGUA